CUUUAGUUUUGUCCGUGCCUGUUCACACACAUAAUUGACAACACUAUUCAUCAUCAGCUCUCUUCCGAUCGGCCUGCCGCCUAUGCACGCCCCAGUCAAUAACUAUGAGGCAAUCAGCGUAUCUGCUUGGGACUGCCACGGCUUUCACUAUUCUGUCAGAGUCCGAAUGCAUUGACGGCAACAACACUAUGACUGACACUUGCUGUGACGUACUUGCGGCCGCUGGCCUCAAGAUACUGCGCCCAGAAACCGGGGAGUACUUCGCCCGUGACACAUCCUAUUUCUCUGUCUCUGCCCAGCUGAGUCCGUACUGUAUCGUGCAGCCUACAAGUGCCGAUCAGGUUUCCUUAGCAAUUACCACGUUGAAAACAGCCACGACGUGUAACUGGGCCAUUCGAGGCGGUGGCCAUAUGACAUGGGCUGGCGCCUCCGAUAUUCAUGAGGGUGUCACGUUGGACCUCGGUUUGAUGAAUCAUACAGAGUAUGUGUCCGAAGAUAGGAUCGCCAAGAUUGGAGCAGGGUGCAGGUGGCGCGAUGUGUAUGCAACGUUGGAGCCCUACGGCGUCACAGCUCCGGGCGGUCGUACAGCCACAGUAGGCGUUGCGGGCUUUCUUACCGGCGGAGGGAACAACUUCUACAGCAGUAUGGUUGGUCUAGGCUGUGACAACGUCAUCAACUUUGAGGUUGUACUUGCUAGUGUUGAGAUUGUCAAUGCUAACAAAGAGACAAACUCGGAUCUUCACAAGGCAUUGAAGGGCGGUUCCUGCAACUUCGGCGUUGUGACCCGUAUCGACAUGCAGGCCAUUGAGACUGGCAAUCUCUGGGGAGGCCAGGUGGUAUACCCACUCGAUACGACUGAACAGCACAUUGCCGCCUACAUCAAUGACCUUUUGGGCGUAUGCGCGGGCAGCUGCGGGAUUAUUGUCUCUUCCGCUCUCCACGACACUUCGGCGACAGUACGGGCUCCUGCAUACGACAAGUUUCUAUCCAUCACACCCCAGCUUAGCGACACCCUGCGCAUCGACAGUCAUUUGAACAUGACCGUGGAGCUGGAGGAGCCUUCAGGGUAUAGGCAAAUAUGGAUUACGCUUACAGGUAAAAACGAUGCACGUUUCAUUCGCAGGGCCGUCGAGGCACAGUCCAGCUUUAUUGCGGAUUGGCAGGCAAACCAGGAUGCUGAUUUCCUAAACUAUAUUACUUUUCAAGCAAUGCCGACGCUGCUGUUCAAACAUUCCGUUGACAAGGGCGGAAACGUUAUUGGUAUGGACCGCGAGACGGAAAACGCCAUUCUCUUUCAGAUGCAGCACAUGGUGCGCACAGUUGAGCAAGAGACUGAGGCGAGAGAAAGAUUGACUGCUAUGCGGCAAUCGCUCAAACUGUACAAUUUGGAAGUGGGUGUAAACGUCGAGUGGGAGUAUUUAGGAUACGCCGAUGGGAGCCAGGAUCCUUUGAGCACAUAUGGUUCAGAAAAUGUUCAAUUCAUCAGAGAGGUGGCUACAAAGUACGACUCAGAAGGGAUUUUUCAGACCAGAGUCCCAGGCGGCUUUAAGAUCUCUAGAGUUGUCUGAGUAAAUGGUGGUAGUGAUUAAGAGUUGGCUAAAAGCUUAUUGAAAACAGCGGGAACUACGGGAAACGCAGAG